AUGACAGACAAGGAUCACUUAAAAACGAGUAUGUUAACAACAAAAUACCGCGAUACAGUUUUUAAAUGCAUAUGCACUAUCAAUAUUCUGAUAUCAACACCUAUUACCAAAUACUCGGAAUUGGAUCCAGCUCUCUGUCAAGAACUACGAAAAAUUGUGGAAGCCCUCACAGUGCCUGGAAAAGGUUUACUAGCCUGUGACGAGUCUCCGUCGUCUCUGGAAGAGCGAUUCGACGAGCUUUGCGUGGAAAACAACGAAACUAAUCGACGCGAUUAUCGAGAAAUGUUAUUCACUGCUGAUAAGUGCCGAUUUUCACAAUACAUAAGCGGUGUUAUUCUGCAUCACGAGACAGUUUAUCAAAAAAGCACGGAUGGCGUUGAGUUGACCGAGCUGCUACGUCAGAGGAAUGUCAUACCCGGCAUUAAGGUCGACAAAGGCCUGUUCCCGAUAUUUGGCGCGAAGAACGAGAACACCACGGAGGGCCUGGACAAUCUGCAGGAGAGAUGCAUUCAAUAUAAACGCGAUGGAUGUCAUUUCACCAAAUGGAGAUGCACCUACACAAUUUCGGAGAGUACGCCGAGUCAAUUGGCCAUGGUUGCGAAUGCGAACGUCCUUGCAAGAUAUGCCACUAUAUGUCAGAGUGCGCGAAUGGUACCCAUCAUAGAACCAGAAAUACUGAACACUGGAGAUUAUGGAAUAAAUAGAGCGUUAGAAGUCCACGAAGAAGUGUAUUCUGUUUUAUUUCGUACUUUGCACGAACAUCGCGUUUAUCUCGAAGGUGCAAUUUUGAAACCAGCGAUGGUCUUGCCAGGAGUACAAUCUUCAACUAAUUGCACGCCGCAGAUCAUUGCGGAACACACGUUAACAGCACUGCACAGGACAGUGCCACCAGCAGUGCCAGCAGUAUUAUUUCUGAGCGGCGGACAAUCGGACAAAGAUGCUGUCUUAAACUUGAACGCAAUUAACACAUACGAGGGGAAGAAACCAUGGACUCUGAGUUUCUGCUAUGGACGAGCUUUACAAAAUACAGCGAUGAAAACUUGGAAAGGAUGCCCAGACAACGUACCAAAGGCUCAAGCAGUGCUUCUGGAAAAAGCAAAACUUUGCUCUGAGGCUGCAUUAGGAAUAAUAGAACCCGAAGGUGGCGUAUGCACAAGGAAAAGCUAAUCGAACUAUAUAAACGAGCCCUAAAAUUCUCCUCUAAGAUUCCGCUUCAAAUCAUGUCAUAUAAAUUCCAAUUACUUCCAAUUGUCUGUCGUUAAAACUAUCCACCAAUGCACAAAUACCGACAGAGAUUACUCAAACUAUAGUUACCAACAAUAUAAACGAACCUUAAAAUACUUCGUUAAGGUUACAUUGUAAAUUACAUCAUACAAACUUCAAGUAUACUUCUAAUUACUUGUCAUUCACUUCUUUCGAACACUUCAAAUGUACGAUCACGAGGAAGUAAUCAUUAGAUGACAUUUAAGAAGAGCAGCACAAGUUAUCGAUGAACGUAUCAUGUAUAAGAAAGAAACGUUUUCAGCGAAAAACAGUAUGCAC